AUGCUAAGGCAAAAGGCCAGAGUGGACUGGAUUGCUCUUGGAGAUGGAAAUACUAGAUUUUUCCAUCAUGCUAUUCAGAAAAGGACAUUCAAAAACAACAUUAGCAAAUUGUUCUUUGAAGGAGCAUGGAUUACAGAUUCAAAGCAAAUCACGGAAGCUUUUUAUUCUUAUUACUCUACAUUCUUUGAAUGCAAUCAUUUUGAGGCACUAGGUCUGGGUAUUUUGGAGCUUCCAACCUUAACUGCGAUGGCCAAACAACAAUUAGUAACUAAAGUAGCUGAGCAGGAAAUCGAGAACGCCCUGCAUGAUUUAGAAGAUCUUAAAGCUCCCGGGCCUGACGGCAUGAACGUUAAAAGCUUGAAGUUCCUAUGGCCAUUUAUCAAAGAAAAAAUAUCAGCCUUCAUAGACAAUUUCUGCAGAUUCUACUACAUGCCUUCAUGGGUUAACUCUUCCUUCAUUACUCUGGUUCAAAAGGGUCCAAAUCCCACGCAUCUAAAGGUAUCUUUAAGGGUAUCUCGCUUGGUGAUAAUCAAGAGUGCAUCACGCAUCUGCAAUUUGCAAUUUGUGGAUGACACGAUAGUGUUCCUAGAUGGCUCAAUAGAUUCAGUUAGAGGCGUCAAGAGGAUGCUCAAGAAGCAGCAGCAUUAUUCAAGUGCAAACAAGGUGCAUGGCCCAUGA